AUGUGUUACGAGGCAGUGGUGCUGCUGUGUGUGCUGGACGCGCCUUCCCAAGCGUCAGGGGGCGUGUUGGAGGCGGAGGUCGAUGGGGAGGUGCUCUUCCCCUUCGUGGAGCCACCAGGACAGGUGCGGUGGGCAGGUGUGGGCAGGUGGGAUGCGAGCAGAUGCCUCUUCACCAGCGUCAGGGGGCGUGUUGGAGGUGGAGGUCGAUGGGGAGGUGCUCUUCCCCUUCGUGGAGCAGCCGGGGCAGGUGCAUGCUUGCUUGGGCUGAGAGCAGAUGCCCCUUCACCAGCGUCAGGGGGCGUGGUGGAGGCGGAAAUUGAUGGGGAGGUGCUCUUCCCCUUCGUGGAGCCACCAGGACAGCCCAUGGAAGUCCCCUCCACCUUCCCCGACAAUAUCCCCAUGGAAGACCCGUCGUCUUUUCCUUCUAACAUUGUUCUCUGUGGGCCGCCCAUGUUCGGCGCCAUCAGCCCCCGGGCGCUCUCCGAGUGGCUGCACUUCCACCGCCUGCUGCUGCCGGUGGACCGUUUUGUCCUGUACGACGCGGGCGGCGUGGCCAACCACGCUGACGUCAGCAGCGCGGUGCAGCCGUGGGUGCGGGCCGGGGUGGUGGAGGUGGUAGGGUUCGAGGAGUCAACGCAGUACGACGUGUGGUCUUAUGCCCAGGCCCUCUCAACCCACGACUGUCUGUACGGGAACCGCCACGAGGCGCGGUGGCUGCUCUUUGCCGACCUGGACGAGUUCGUCGAGGUGCUGCCGCCCGCCACGCUGCAGCAGCUGCUACAGGACAACGCCGGCCGCCCGUGGAUCACGUUCGGAUGCACGCUGUUCAACAGCUCGUUCUGCCGCCCGCAGGAACAGUGGAAUGGCGGUACUACAAGGAGAAGGAGGAGGUUGCUACUAGGGGAGGGGCAACUGGGAGAGGCGGAACAGGGAGGGCUUUUGAGGCGCCUCAAAAGUCGCCCGGAGGAGCCGUGGAAUGGCGGUACUACAAGGAGAAGGAGGUUGCUACAGGGAGAAGUAGAACUGGGAGGGGAAGGGGGGGGAGGAGGAGGAGUAGGAGGAGGAGGAGGAGGAGGAGGGGGGGAUUGGGGAUCUAGCGGCAUGGUUUCAUCACAGCCGUUCAUAGUGGAGGGGGUGAGGUACCAGUGGCCGCACGCCUACUGCAUGAACACAUCGCUCUACCCGGACCAUCUGUGUCUCGACCAGUUCGGCCACCGCAAAUACAUCCUCAACCCGCGCCGCGUCUCCCUCGCUCAAGUGAGUGCUUUCCCUGGCUCCCUCGCACAGAUCCACGUGAUCAUCGGGGGCGAUAUGGACGGCCUGGAUCUGCCGACGGACGUGGCGAGAUUCGCGCACUACAGGGGGCUCACAGCGAGGGGGUACCCCAUGUGUGACCUGGGGGCACCGAGCCCCUGGUGGCGCUACCAUGAUGGCGUGGCCAGAAUGGCCCAGGCUGCUCGCUCCUGCCCUGCUCUUGUCACACCCAUUCCUGAGCGCUGCACAGCGCAGGCUCUUGCGAGCAGCAUUGCAUGA